AUGGGGAGGGGGAGAGUGGAGCUGAAGAGGAUCGAGAACAAGAUAAACAGGCAGGUGACUUUUGCAAAGAGAAGGAAUGGAUUGCUGAAGAAAGCUUAUGAGCUGUCUGUACUUUGUGAUGCUGAGGUUGCUCUCAUCAUCUUCUCCAACCGCGGCAAGCUCUAUGAGUUCUGCAGUACCAAUAACAUGCUCAAGGCACUGGAAAGGUACCAAAAGUACAGCUAUGGGGCGGUGGAAGUGAAUAAACCUGCAAAGGAGCUCGAGAGCAACUAUCGUGAGUACUUGAAACUGAAGGGUAGGUAUGAAGGCCUACAACGAACCCAGAGGAACCUCCUUGGGGAGGAUUUAGGCCCACUGAACACGAAGGAGCUGGAGCAGCUUGAGCGGCAGCUGGAAGGUUCAUUGAAGCAAGUCCGCUCCACUAAGACCCAGUUCAUGCUUGACCAGCUCUCUGAUCUUCAAAACAAGGAGCAGCUGCUGCUUGAAUCCAAUAGAGCUUUGGCAAUAAAGCUGGAUGAAAUCUGUUCAAGGAACAGCAUGCGAACUUCGUGGGAAGGAGAGGAUCACAACAUGUCCUAUGGAGACCAACAUCAUAAUCCACAUGCCCAAUCCCAGGGGUUUUUCCAGCACUUAGAUUGCAACCCAACUUUGCAGAUCGGGUAUAGUCCAGUAGUAACAGACCACAUGACUGCCACAACUCAUGCUCAGCAGCAGCAGCAGCAACAGCAAGUUAAUGGGUUUGUUCCCGGAUGGAUGCUCUAA